UUCUCCAUAAGCCCAGAGUAAACAGCCGCGAAUGCGACGCGGUGCAGGAUUGCAUGUCGGUUUGGGUUAUCGCGGCCGUUUCAGGUGCAAUUAAAGCGGCAGGAGAGCUGAGAGAGUCGUCUAAAGUUCACAGACAUCAUGAGCUCACUCUCUCUCUCUCCUCCAGAACAGCUUUGAUGUGUUUCUCGCUCUACCAUUUCAGCAAUAAACUCAAAUGACCGCUGGGACUGUAAACAUGUAGCGAGCGGGAACCAGCAGUACUUUACAGUCCAGUGAACGCAGUGAGUCUCCAGGAUGUUCUGUGAGAUAAACGCGUUUAUGUGAGAAUGAAAGACCCCGCAAUGCAUCAUCGCGGUAAACCAAUUAAACCGCAGGGUAAAAACGACACUAAUGUUAUAAUAAAAUACAACCACAUUUACGUUUAAUCCUUCAGCGGAUGCUACAGUGAAGUGAUUCAUCUGUAUGAUCACGCAUAAUGAUACGUUUUAACACGAAGGAGAAAACUUUCUUCCUGUAAAUAUAUUUCCCAUCACGGAAACUGAUGAAAUCCAAUCAAACUGUACAGUGUUCAACAGUGACGUCAACAUUUUCCAAGACAAAAUAAAGCACGAGCCAGGCGACAUUUAUGACCUGCACGUGAUUCAUGCAAAAUAUGUUUUAUGCGGUGCAAUAUUGGCUGUAAAGGAGGAUGGAGCUUUGUCUGUGUUUGAUGGUCUUCCCGUACAGAAAGACAAACAUCUUCAGAUCGCGUGCUCCUGUAAAACUUCGUUGUGUAUUUAAGGUGAAGAGAAGCACACGGCUUCUGCGUUUGCAAAUGACCGUGAGCUUUUAGAUCGGCCGUUUUACGAGCGAUCGUUUGGGAAAUGAAAGAGUACAGCAGAGGUCUUCGUGUCUGUCGGCCAAACGCGGCGCUUCCCUCGGGGCCCGAACGCUGGGAACGUUUGAUGUGCUGAGAGCCACGGAGGCCAGGUGUGUAAAACUGUAAAUUUGCCUAAAUACAAACAGGAAAAGUGAAAGAGUGCUUGACCUUCUGCGGAGAUGAACCGUUCCAGCAGUAAACGGCCCUCUGUUUAGCUUCCUCAAUUGCGGCCCGCCUCGUUAGAUUUAUUACCCUCUUAGAUUCACUAUCAGCCUUUGAAUUCGACUCGGGCUUUGAUGUUUGUCUGUACGACACCAACAAAUGACAGACGAGACCCUUCAGAUCACAUGAGAACUGCAGGGUCUAGAGAAAUCCUCGAUCUCACGCCAUGUGAUUUUUCGUAAAUGUUGACGCGGUGGGCGUCGAUGCAACAGCAGUUUCUUAAGAGUCUGCGUGCGGAUCUUGCAGGAUUCUUCCCACAUACCUCAGAGAGAGAGAGAGAACGGCCGCCGCUCUUGUUUACGGCUCCCUCUCUCGUCCAGCGGAGGCCUGGCCAGAAGAAAGUUACCAUUCUCUCUCUCUCUCUCUUUCUCUCGCGCCAGCAUCCCAGUGACAGCUGAGUGGCUGAGACGUAAUUGCAGAGAAGUGAGGUCAGCAGGAGGCUUUUAUCAGAGAUCGCACAGCGUUCAGCAACACGAGAAGAUGCACAGCACAGACGGGCUGUCCCAAAACACUCUCUCUCUGUGCGUCACAGUGGAAGUUUCUCUGGAAUCGUCGGGACUGAAGCGCUCAUCCUGGAAGCAGAAGAAUGGACAGUGUGUGAAGCGUCCGUUGGUUGAUUUGUGUCACUAACAGCAGAAACAAACACACUGCUGCCUCCUCCGGCUCUGAGGAGAUUGUGCUGCUGCAGCAGGAGGUCAGAGGUCACGCCACCAUCUGAGGAUCGUACUGGGAACGGGUCCGAGCGGAUCUCCCACGACUUGAAGAUCCAACCUGAGUUUUGCCUUCAGUAUGUGGAUCAUGAACUCCUGGAGAAACGCAGUAUAAUGCGCAAAUGGACGCUGCGAUGGAAACUGCCUAAGUUUGCGUGUGGACUGUGGCUGGUGCUGCUGGUCAGCCGUGUGUGCGUGUGCGAUGGAGAGCGGGCCGCGUCUGUGACCGACUGCUCCAAACACGAGCGCCACACCAGGAACUACGACUACAUGGAAGGAGGGGACGUUCGGAUCCGACGCCUCUACAGUCGCACGCAGUGGUUUCUGAUGAUCGACGAGUACGGGAAUAUCAACGGGACGCAGGAUCCCAACAACUGCUACAGUGUUCUGGAGAUCAGGACGGUUUCGGAGGGUGGCGUGUUGGCCAUAAAAGGACUGAAGAGCCAGUAUUAUAUUUCCAUGAACCGCACCGGAAUGUUACAGGGCAAAAAAGACUACAACGACAGCUGCAACUUCAAAGAAGUGUUUUUAGAGAACUACUACACGGCGUACUCGUCCGUCAAAUGGACUAAAAACGGCAAAGAGAUGUUCAUCUCUCUGUCGCAGAAGGGCCGGCCGCUGAGAGGAAAGAAGACGAGGAAAGAGAGCAUCUCUUCCCACUUCAUCCCAAGAAAGUGCAGGGAAGACGAGAAGAAGCUGGCGUGAAGAAACCCCAGAGACGCCGUCGCCGCGUCCGUUCGUUCGUCAAACUUCAUCCGCAAAUCGUUCAUUCUUUCACGAGCAGCGGGUAAAACGCACGAUCGUAUAGGAAUGUGUGGCUGGAAAUGCUCAUCUGUGUUUUGAGAUAAAGCUAUUUUUGUAUUUCAGAGAGAUGUUUAUGUUUCCGUUGCGGCACUUUCACCACCAUUAGAGCCCAUAAGAAUGAAAACACCAAAUAAACACUGCGGCGCAUUUAUGCAGACGAUUAUUCUCAUUCGGCACAGCAGCGCCGUGUGUGUUCUGUCUGACAGACGCCGCUUGAAAUAUCACACCGUUUAUAUCCGUCCAUUUAUACUGUAUAAACACACCUACAUCCCUUCAGCAUUCAUCCUGACCAGUUUUGAUUUUCAUUUAGUUUGAGACAUUCCCUCCUCGCUUCCAGGCCUCACAGUUCACCCUCAAUUUCAAUUGGAUUUUUCAUUUUGUUUUUCAAACUUUGGGUCUGGCUUUUUUUGUCAUUUAUUAUUUUAAAUGCUAAAAAUCGCAUGCGGUUCACAUUCACGUCAGUGAGCGAUUUGUCCGUAAUGGUAUUUAUUCUAAGAAAUGCAAUGUUUUUCUCUAUGAUUUUCCUUCUCCUCAUCCAUCCUAAGACACUUUGUCCACGCAGUCGGAUGAAAUUGGAUCGAUUCUGGUAAACACACGACGGGUUGAUGCUUUAACGUGACAGUAUUUAGUUUCUCGUAAUCGCUCGUCGCUCUAAUGCGAUCGUGUCCACGUGUUGUUGCGUGUUAUUUAUGAUAUUUAUGUGCCGCUGGCUCCGAGUUCAUGAACGCAGUGCUGCAAACACACACACAGAGUUUGCAGGAGUUUAUAAGUUGCUGCUAUAAAUCUGAGGUUUUAUAUGAUUCUAGAUCAAUUUCAAUAAACAUCUAUAUACCUUUC